AUGGCCUCUCUUCGCGCGCCCACGGCGCUCACGCACUCCCUCUGCUUCCCGCGCGCCACGUGGCACUCCGCCGCAGCAAGCGUCUCGUCAAUGGCGCAGCCCGUUCGUGUGAGUGCCGCCUGGCCGGUGCGUGUUCUGCCCGGCGCACUCCGCGCGCCCAUGCCGCACGUGGUGCAUCACUCUCACCCGUCGCUCCCCGCGAGCAUUCACUCGUUCCCCGCGCCUCAGCGCCUUAUGUUCGUCGCUUGUACUUCGCGCGCCCAUGACUUCAGCUGCCGCUCCUCCUUCCGCUUCCCACCCUUGCGCUCCUCUAUGCCUUCCCCUGCCGUCGCACCCGCGCUGCCCGCUUCCGUUUGCGCCGCUCUGCAGUGGCGCCACUGGCCUCUCUCGUCCCCUUCCUCUAACAACUCCCCCCCUCCUCCGUCCCCUCCAAUUCCUUUUCCCCCUUUCCCCCUCGCUUCCCAGCGCCUGCCAGUCCUGCGCGCGUCAGCCUCCCCCGAUCCGUCCCCCGCGCCAGUGGAACCAGAAGCGACCCACUCCCCAAUCCCCGUCCCCCCGCCCGGGUGGGCGGAGCAGCAGCAGCAGGAGGCGGAGGCGACGGCGGAGGAGCGGGACGGAGUGACCAUCAGGCGGAGGCCGCCGGGCGGGGCGGCGGCGCACAUGGUGGGGCCGUUCCAGUUCCGCGUGGGGGGCAAGGUGGAGGAGAACGUUCCGCGAAACAUCCUGGAGGAGAUCGUGUGGCACAAGGACGGCGAGGUGGCGGCGUUCAAGGAGCGCACUCCGCUCUCCGCGCUCGCGCGCGCGCUCGAGGGCGCUCCGCCCGCCAGGGACUUCGUGGGCGCGCUGAGGGCGCGCGAGGCGGAGACGGGCUUGCCAGCGCUGAUCGCGGAGGUGAAGAAGGCGUCGCCCAGCCGCGGCGUCAUCCAGCCCGACUUCGACCCUGUAAGGCCCCGGCCACCCCCCCCACGCUCCCGCCCCCCCUCACUCCACCCCCCCUUACUUCCGCGCGCUGCUAUCCAUUGGCCGGAUCUGGCGCUUUUUGUCUUCGCCUGUGCUGCUGCUCGCAUUGCGCUCGCCCCGCCCUGCACUGUGCGCAUAGCCAAGGCGUACGAGCAGGGCGGUGCGGCGUGCCUGUCAGUGCUCACAGACUCCAAGUUCUUCCAGGGCAGCUUUGAGAACCUGGAGCUGAUCCGGGCAGCAGGAGUGGAAUGCCCGCUGCUGUGCAAGGAGUUUGUGGUGGACGCGUGGCAGGUGUACUGUGCGCGCACCAAGGCCGCGGACGCCGUGCUGCUCAUCGCCGCUGUGCUGCCCGACCAGGACCUGCGCUAUCUCAUGAAAAUCACUCGCUCGCUCGGCAUGGCCGCCCUCAUCGAGGUGCACACGGAGAGGGAGAUGGACCGCGUGCUGGCACUGGAGGGCGUGACGCUCAUCGGCAUCAACAACCGCGACCUCGGCACGUUCAAGGUGGACAUAGGCAACACGCAGCAGCUGCUGGCCGGGGAGAGGGGCGCCGCCAUCCGGGAGAGAGGAAUCAUGGUGGUGGGCGAGUCAGGCCUCUUCACUCCCGAUGAUGUUGCCUUCGUGCAAAAAGCAGGCUGCAAUGCUGUGCUGGUGGGCGAGUCUCUCGUGCGCACCAGCGACCCCACGGCCGCCAUUGCUGCUCUCUUCGGCCGCCCCAUCACCACCGCACCAGGCCAGCCUGACCCCACUCAAGCACGCGCGCCAGCAUGA